CUCGUCACUCUUCACUCUUCACUCUUCAUUCUUCACUCUUCACUCUUCACUCUUCACUCUCUUACUACCUACCUACCGUCUACGAGGCAGGUAUGAAUAACAACAUGACAUUUGGGAACAUCUUCUUAAUCCUAACUCUGUUGGCAAGUUCAACUUCUUCUCUUCUUCAUACAGUACUUUCCUAUCAAAUCAGUCCACAAUAUACUUGAAACUUGACUUCAUUCGUCGUAAGGCUACAAUAUAACACAAUCUAAAUUUGGAAUACUCUACAUACGGUUGCAUCAUACCUACAUAUGUUGGACUUCAUUCAUAACCCCUCACUCUUCCAAAAAGGUACCACUUGACUUAUUACCUGCCCAGUACACUCCUAGUGCCAUUACGGUAGAUUCUAUAGAGCGUCACUCGGCUCACCAGUUCUCCUUACUUGAUAUUCACCCCACUACCUACCCUCGACAAGUUCAAACGUCUUGAAUAUGCAAACGAUCAUUCUCACGACACUCUUUACCAAUAUUCCCUCUUCAACAAUCUACAUUAUUCCAAAAAAACCAACUACCCAAGAAUUCAUUAUAUUGACCAACCGCCAACCGCCAACCGCCAAUCAAUUCACUGUGUCGACAUGAGUCAAGCAGCUCCAGUGAACCAUACAAAUGGUCCACCGAGAGGUCAACAACCCUAUAUUCAAAAUGGAGUGAAUAACGUUAUCGAGAUUUCGGAUUCGGACUCCGAAGACUAUGAAGAUCCUUUUGAUGUACCUCAAGUCCCCGCACACUCCCCACAUCUAAAUUUACAACACCAUCAACUUGGAGGAUAUUUUGGUGCCAAUAACCAAAUAUUUGAUCUCGAGGAUAAUAACCCAAUGAACCCAGGUCGAUUACCUCAACCUGCAGUGGCAGCGGCACCCGAAAAUAAAGCAAUGGCCAGAGAUCCCUCUUUUGUCAAGAGUGAAGAAGGGGAAAUGAAUUGGGCUCAGUGGAUGGAUGAGGAAAAUGAUGAAGGUAUCAAUCGUGUACUGUUGGAAGAUUAUACCUUUCGAGCGGAAUACAAUCGAGCUUCACACCCUUCUCCUUCGUUUGUUGAUCCUUCACGUCUCCAUCAACCUUUUCCACCACCACCAAACAAUUCACAUCAACCUAUCAUGGAAACAAAGACGGAAUGUAUUGAUGCAGUUGUUGCUGUCUUCCCAGAGAUUUGUAGGGAUCAUGUCGCUGGUCUAUAUGAAAAGGUAUCUCUCACUUCUGAUCGAUUGAUUGCUCACAUACUGGAUCAAGCGGAUACUGGAACUCCUUACCCAAAAGCAAAAGAUGUCCAGAAGCAAUUGAAGAGAAAGAGAGUGCUCACCGAAGAAGAGGAAGCUAUACAAAAAUAUGAAGCUGUCGGUCGCAUCGUUGGCCCUGCUUUAUAUUUGGAGCGGACACUAAUUCGGAGCAUCCUUUCAUUUGAGUUUCCAGUAACUCCAUUGGCCUUUAUAGAUGAAACACUCCGUUCUACUGGUCAUCGCCUUUUCUCCGCCUAUCGCACACUCGAGGAAGCAGAUCGAACUUUUGAUGCUCAUAAUCCACCAUAUAGGAGAAUUAAAACUCCAAGAAAAAUGCCACAUGAAUACCGAGAUGGUAGAAUUGAGGAAGCCAUUCAAAAGAAUGAAUCACCUGAGAAGACGGAGACUUUAAAAGAACUACUCGUAUGUCGGAAGAUUCGAAAGACUGCAGAAAGUCGUCGCCUCGCCGAACAAGAAGCAAUUCUCGCCGAAGAAGAGAAUCUCAAGAGAGCUGAAGCCGAGGGAACCAUGUCAGAAUGCUGCUGUUGCUUUUCGGACUACCCACUCAAUCGUAUGGUGCAUUGCAACAGUGAAGAAGUCCUACACUGGUUUUGCCGUGGAUGUGCACGACAAUCAGCGGAGACCGAAAUCGGAAAUUCUAAAUAUCUACUCAUGUGUAUGUCCACGGAUGGAUGUGAAGCGGGAUUUUCUCUUGAACAGAGAAAUCAAUUCCUAGACGAAUUAACCAUCGUCGCCUUGGAACGUAACGAAGCAGAAGCGGUCUUACGAAUGGCUGGUAUCGAAAAUCUUGCCAGUUGUCCAUUUUGUCCAUUCGCAGCAGAAUAUCCUCCUGUCGAAGUUGAUCGAGAAUUUCGAUGUCAAGCUCCUGAUUGCGAAAAGGUCAGUUGUCGACUUUGUAAAUUGGAGUCACAUAUUCCUAUGACUUGUGAAGAAAAUACCAGGGCAAAUGGUCUCUCGAUCAGACGACAAAUUGAGGAAGCAAUGUCUGCAGCAAUGAUCAGGACUUGUAACAAAUGUGGUACUCCAUUUGUAAAGGAAGAAGGUUGCAACAAAAUGACAUGCACACGCAAUGGAUGUUAUAACGUCCAAUGCUAUGUUUGUUCUAAAUCAUGCAAUUACGAUCAUUUUAAUGAUGUAAGGAGAGGUGGUAAAGACGGAAAUUGUCCACUAUUUGAAUCAGUGGAGGAACGACACAAUGAGGAAGUUAAGAAGGCUGAAAAAGAAGCACUGAAUAAAGUUCGAGCAGAACAUCCUGAAUAUUCCGAGGAGGACUUGAGAGUUAAGAUGUCGGAAAAUGUCACCAAGGAUGAUGAAAGAAGAAAGGCCACGGAUCCAAGAAACCCUUGGGCCAUUUAUCGACCGGUAGCAAUGGCACAACCACAAGAACAAGGAGCAUGGCCUCGUGAUCAUGAGCUGUUUAUGCAUCGUGGGCGUAUGUUUCAGGAUAGGCUUAGGAGGCACCGUCAAAAUAUCAGAAGGGUUUUGAGAGGAGAGGGUGGAGGGGAUAGAGAAGAUGGAGAAGGAGAUGAAGAAUUAUUUCUCCAGAACAUGGAAGAUGAUAUGCUUGGGGCACCGCGGCCUGCGAAUGGUGGUGGGGAUGAAGGUGGAGGUGAAGGUGAGAAUGGGGAUGAGGAUGAGAAAAUGGAUGAGGAUGAAGGGGAGAUACAACCUGGACUCCCUGCUCAGCAAAUGGAGGCGAAUUACUGGAAUCAACCUUUCGCUCCACUUGCUCGUCAUUACCUCGAAGAUGCGAGAGCGAUGUUUGGAAAUGUGGAGAGGGAAGGUCCAGUGGUCCUUCCGGGAUUAUUUCCGGCUCGUGUUCCGGUUCCGGCUGCGGUGUUGCAAGAAUAUGCUCGGGUUCCAGGCCCGAUUGCAGCUCCAGCUCCAGCUCCAGCUCCGGUUCUAGCUCCAGCUCCGGUUCCAGCUGGAGCUCGAGCUCCAGGUUCAGGUUUAGAUCUAGGUCCAGCUCGAGUUCCACUUCACUUACCCAAUCCAAAACUAGAACACAGACAGCGACAUCUGAUUGCGGAUUUGCAAAGGCAAAAAUUGUUGUUGAUGAGAAAGGUUCAUGGUCGGAAUGGGGGAGUACAGGCUGGUGCUUUUGAGAGGAGGGGGUUGAGGGGUCUGGCGGGUCAGAUUGAUGAAGUUCUGGAAGCUGAGGAUGAGGGAGAGGAUGAGGAUGGAAAGAAGAAGGAGAAGGAGAAGCUUCCUAUUCCUCAAAUGCCCCAGGCCCCACUUAUUGUUGCGAGGAAGGGAGAUGAGAGAGAUGGAGGUGAGCUACAGGGAGAGUUGAGAGAAGAACAAGACUUGCUAGGUGAAGACAGAGAAGAGAUUAUGAAUCUACCAAGUCCUGUUUUACCGAUUGCUCUAGCGCAACCGGGUGGUGCGAGAAUGGGUGAACGAAAUCGAGAAAGAGGAAGAGAAGCUCAGGAAGUUGUUAUACGACUUCGUGAGAGGUAUGGUUUAGGGGGUGAAGAUGGCGAUGGAAAUGGAAAUGUAGAUGGAAAUGAGAAUAUUCUUCUCCCAGGCCCUGGUCCACGGAAUGGAGGUGGACAUGCAGAGAUGGACGAUGCCCAAAGGAUAGAAAUGUAUUUAGAAAGGCUUCGACGAUUACACGGAUUCAAUCACCCUCAAAAUGCGAAUGGAAAUGGGGAUGCAGAUGCGGCUGCAGAGAGGGAGAGGGAGAGACAUCAACAAAGAGAAGUCCAGCAAGUUGUUCGACUUCGUGAAAGAAAUCGAGAAAGAGAAGGAGAAAUUGCUCGACUUCGUCAACGGUAUCUUUUUCAAUAUGCGAAUGGAGAUGGGAAUGAGAAUGGAAAUAACCAAUUUCCCAAUUAUCCUCCUCUACCUUUUCCUCGUCCUCGAUCUCCAGUUGCUGGACCCCCUCGUUUGGGAGGUUUGAAUGUAGGAGAAUGGAUAGACAUUGGGGAUCCUCCUGCUGCUAUUCUUGCUCCUCCUGGUGCUGCUCUUCCUCCUCCUGGUGCUCUUCCUCUUUUGGUACAGUAUGCAAAUCAAUUUGGCAGGGAUCCAGAUGGUUUUGCUGGACAUCGCAGACCAAGAGGAGGGAUCGAUAUGGGAGUUUUUGCUUUUGGACAUGAAGGUGAAGGGAGAGAUGGAGAUGUAAAUGCAGAUCUCGAAGAGCAUUUUCUCCCUGGUAUGGAUCCGUAUGGUGUUUUGAGGGAAUUGAGGAGGAAGAGAGAGGUGGAGAGGGGACUUAUUGAGGGGAUUCCGAUGCCGGAGGAGGAUGUGUUUAGUGAUGAGGAGGGUGGGGGUUGGUGA